AUGGACGCACCUCCGUCGACGCUCUUCCACAUCCCGACCAGCCGUAUAUCCUCCGUGACAACCAGCAAUGGCAUCACUCGCAGGCGGCGGACAAUCACCGGCGUUUCCAGCGGUCAUAUCCUGCAGACCAUCGAGGAACGGAAGCUCUCCAGGCUGAGGAAUAACAAUAAUUAUAGCAAUAAUAAUAAUACACCCUCCUUUCUACACCGCUGCAAGCAGGUGGUCAGCAGGCAUACAUGGACUGUCCCUCUCGUCCCAAUGCUAGCCAUUCUUUCGCUAUAUGCCGUUAAUCCAACUGAAUCCAAUGUCUUCCAUCGUUUUAUUUUCCUCUCCUACAAACAGCAACAGACUGACCCUGUUCAGCCUGUACAAUAUGGCAAGGGGCUAUGGGAUAUCGCGUUUGUCACAUUCUAUACCAUCGUCUUGUCAGUUGCGCGCGAGUUCAUCAUGCAGGAGUUAUUGCGGCCCCUCGCAAUUUUCUGUGGCCUGAAGUCGCGGGGGAAACGCCUGCGGUUCAUGGAGCAGACCUACACAGCUAUAUAUUUUGGAAUCAUAGGGCCCUCGGGGCUCUAUGUCAUGAGCACAACGCCAGUUUGGUACUUCAAUACCCGUGGGAUGUAUGAGUUCUCUCCACACUUAACCCACGACGCUGGCUUCAAGUUUUACUAUCUGUUUCAGGCUGCGUAUUGGGCGCAGCAGGCUGUGGUUAUGCUUUUAGGAAUGGAGAAGAGACGUAAGGACUUUAGAGAGCUUGUGACGCAUCACGUCGUUACCCUCGCCCUCAUCGCUCUAAGUUAUCGCUUUCAUUUCACCUAUGUCGGAAUCGCGGUUUAUAUCACCCACGACAUUAGUGAUUUCUUCCUUGCUUCAUCAAAAGCACUAAACUACAUCGACAGCCCUCUGGUAGGGCCCUUCGUCGGUGCUACCAUCAGCAUGUGGAUCUACCUACGCAACUACUUGAACCUACGCAUCAUAUUCUCUCUCUUCAACGAGUUUGAUAAUAUUGGUCCUACCGAACUCAACUGGGAGAAAGAGCAGUUCAAGUGCACCUACACCAAGUUUUGCUUCCUUGUUUUACUGGUUGCGCUCCAGAGUCUCAAUCUCUUCUGGCUCUUCUUACUUGUGCGCAUUGCCUACCGGUUUGUCGUGCAUAACGUUGCAAAGGAUGAAAGGUCCGAGGCUGAAGAGUCUGAGCUCGAGGAGAUGGCCAAGAAGGCUAAGGAGGCCAGGUCAUCCAAUCUGCUGAAUGGAAGUGCUGCUAAACCACCGGCCAGCCGGGAAUCUCCUUCAUGA